AUGGCAAACCAGACAGCUGUCAUCCUUAUCGAUCCCUAUAAUGACUUCCUCCAUCCGAAGGGAAAGCUUACCCCGCGUGUCGCCGAAAGCAUGGCCGCCACGGGCACUAUUGAGCAUUUGAAAGAAGUUGUCGCUACCGCCCGCAAGAACAAGAUCCCCAUCUACUACUGCCUUCAUUGCCAGACCGACAAAUACUCGUUUCAGGGAUGGCAGAUGAUGAAUUGGUCACUGGAAGGGCUCAAAGAGAACUUGGUCUUUGAGAAGGGUUCCUGGGGGGCAGAAAUUUACGAAGGCCUGAAACCCAAUCCCGAGAACGGGGAUGUCGUCGUCUCGCAACAUCUCAAUUCGAGUUCUUUCCAAAAUACCGACUUGGACUAUCAACUUCGACAGCGGGGAAUCCACAACUUGGUCCUAGCGGGUAUGGUCGCAAACACAUGCAUCGAGGCGACGGCACGAUACGGAUAUGAGCUGUAA